AUGAACGAUUCUUGCUUGGAGGAACUAGUACGCAGAGAUGACGACCUGAAGAAGACUAAAAUGAAAUCCAGAGAGGACAAGAAAAACAAAGCAGCCAGUGAAACAGGAAAACGAAUAGGAGAUUACGUGAUCUUAGAAGAUAAAGUAAUAGAAAAGAUAACUUCAAUUUAUGAUCCUAAACCAUACAAAGUUGUGACUAGGAAAGGACCAAUGGUAACAGCAAAGAGAAGAGAGUGGAAAGUGACCAGGGACUCGUCGAGGGUUAAACCUGUAACAUUUGAUAAACUAAACGACCCAGCGAAUGAUGAGGAUGAAGAUGACGCUGACUCUAGUCCUAAUCAUACACCAAAGACCAAAAAUCCAAGCAGUGACAAUAUAACCAUAGUUGAUGAGUUGAAGAAGUUUUUGAGGAAGAAGAAGACAACUGUUUCCCAUGCCAGAGGAAUACUUGUUGGAUGUGCUGAUGCUGGAAAAACAACACUACUGAAGCGAUUAAGAGGGCAGCCUCAAAAUGUCGGUGAAGACACAAAGUCCACCAGGGGACUGGAAGUCCAUCAACAUCUCUUCAUUGUUAGAAACAGACUUUUAGAAGUGAUUGAUGAUGACUCACCAUUGAAGACGUUUAUAAGAGUAAACGCUGCAGAUUUGAAACCAGACCCGAGCAGUACAACAGACAUCUCUGAUUCAAAUGAAAACAGGGACAAUUUGGAUCUGAAAAGCACUGAUAAAAACACUAAAGUAAUUUUUAGAAGAGAGGAAAAUAAAGAAGCGAAUGUUGAGUUAUCUAAUUCACAAAUUAAAAGCAAAGAAGAAGAGAAUACAGUAGAGAAAAUGGCGAGUGUUCUCUCCUCAGAAGCACAAGCAAUGGUGAAGGAUGAAAUUUUUCAGAAAAUUUUGUCUGAAAAAGAGAAAUUACCAACAGUAAGCAUGCUGGAUUUUGCUGGGCAAUUGGCCUAUUAUGCGUGCCACCAAAUUUACGUAACACCGAAGGCCUUUUUCAUCCUUGUGUUGGACAUGACUAAGAGGUUUGAGGAUGUUGUCAGUAAAGAGAAGGACAAUCAAGAAGGAUCCAUCUUCUCUGUGUGGACUUACAAAGACUACCUAAAGUUUUGGAUAACCUCAAUCAAGACAUUUGGAGGCACUAAGUCACCACUGUUUAUUGUUGUCACACACAUAGAAGGAAAAUCUACAAAUGAAAUAGAGAAGUAUUUUGAGGAGUUCUGGAAAACUGUACCAGACGAGGACAGAGAUUGGUUAAGUGAGUCUCUGAAUGAUCGGGAAUAUGCUGUGGGUCUAGUUGAACUAAAUGAAAAAUCAAAGGAAAUGCUGGAAUCAAUGAAAACGUCCAUAGUCGAACUAUUUACAGAUGAAAUCAAUACAAAAAUUGAAAUGCCUUCCUCGUGGGCUUUAAUGGAACAGUUAUUGUAUGAUGGAGCCUGGAAGGUUUUGUCGCUGGGCGAAAUUAAAAGGCUCAAUUCAUCCCUUCCAAUUGAAUACCAAAUUAAAAGUAAUGAGGAAAUAUCUAGAUUUUUAAAGUGUUUCCAUGACAAUGGUCUUCUUCUGUAUUUUGAAGAAGACAGAUUAAAGGAACAUGCAGUAAUAGACAUUCAGUGGUUUGCUGAUGCUUUCAGCAAGAUUAUUGCUGAUGAAAAUCAUAUCAAUAAAGAUUGUAAAAGGAGAUUGAUCAAACAGUGGAAAUCCUUCAACAAAACGGGGGAACUUCAAGAUAAAGUGGUAGAAGCUCUGUGGAAAGAUGAACCCUCAUACUUGAAACACAAAAGUGAAAUUAUGUCAUACAUGGAGAAGCUUCAAAUGCUGGUUCCUUUGAAGUCUUUUGGGGCGGUGUCAGAUGGUGGAAUGUCAUGGUAUGUCCCAUGUAUGAACAAAAAGCUUUUUAAAGCUGAUUUCUGUGAAGAUAAAUGGGAAUGCUCAUCCAUUUUAUGCUAUAGAUUCACUUCUUUUGCCAUGUUUGUGUUUUACAGACUUGUAGCUCAUUGUAUAAGUUUUCUAAGAUGGAGUGUUUCAAUAGACGAAGACAGUGAAGGAAGUCCAUGUCUUUAUCAAACAGCAGCAGUGUUUGAUCACAAGGAACACACUGUUGUUGUUGGCAUAUAUGAUGAUGAUAUCCAGUUGCAAGUAUUGAGAAUCACUCCAUUGACUGUAGACAAAGACAUAUCAAACGAAAUCGGAAAGUAUAUUGAAAAAGCCAUAGAAAAACUGACAGAAACAUUUAUUGGCACAAAAAUCUUCCAUAAAGGAUACAAAUGUCAAAACAUUAUUUGUAAUGAAAAAGAUUCAUCUUUCACCCUUGCAAGUGAGCUCUCCAAAAUCAAGACUGAUAAAGAAAUUCAGUGUAGGUGUCGACUUCAGGAGAAACACGUGAUAAAUAUACAAAGGACUCUGAGUUUCUGGGAAAAGGAACAACAAGCAGCGAGUAAAAGUGUGGAGGAAUCAGUUCCAUCAACUGAAUUGAUUUUGAAUGCGGUGUCCAGAAAAUUACAUGGAAUUUCAUCCUCCUUAGUGCUUGCUCAUGCUUUCGGAGUACAUAUGAAAGAAACCGCCAAUGUUGAAGAAGAUAGAUUUAGAAUUCUCUAUAAAUGGAAAUGCAAAAGUUCUACCGAGAAUCACCUUGAAGAGUUGGAGAGAAUUUUACGUGAAGCUGGAGAUGGAGAAGCAGCAGAUUAUGUUGGGACUUUUCAAGUGUCAGACUUUGAAUGUAGUGAAAUAUCAACACCUUCUCAGCCUGUGUCAGAGAGUGAGUUCGAUAUGUUAAAGGAGAACCUUUCAAAGGAUUACACACAUUUGGUGCGAUUUUUAGGUCUGCCACAUAUAUGUAUAGAACAGCUCGAGGAAGACGUUCCAUUUGUUAAAGAAAGGAUGCAUAAAUCUUUCUUAAAAUUGCAAGAAAGGCGUCCAAAUUUAAGCCGUCAGGACAUAUGUAGAGGUUUGACGUUCAUAGAACGAAGCGAUGUCAUUGAUUUGCUGAAUAAGCAAUGGAAAUCUAAAUAGGAAAUAUGGACACAA